UUCCCUUUUCCAUCGCAGCUCCGCCUCCUCCCCUCACUCACCCCUUUCUCUUCCUUUCUUCAUUUUUUUUUUUUUUAAUUUUGGUGUUGUUUAGUGCCCCAGUUUUGCUGCGGGGAUCCCUGCCUGCUGCUCCCCAGCUCCAGCAGUGUACAUCCUGCUCUGCUGUGUGUGCUUACAGCGUCAAAGGGUGGACGUGAUAUUUCAAACAUCAGAUCAGUGCGUUUAUAUAUUGGGUGCCCGGAAAUUUUUCCAAAUAAACACAGCUUGAUUCGACUUGGGUGGGCAGACUUAUCAACAGACUAAUUCUAUAAACAAAUGAAGGAAUAACCCGGAGACCAUUGGCUGGUACCAGCGAGACACGUGGAGAGAGCUCGGAGUUUUGUAGCAAUGAAAUUUUAAUUAAUGUGGGUGGGCUGAGAACACAAACGACUGUUUAUCAGAGACAAUUUAUUUUCCAGCGCUAAGUCAACAUAUAAUAGCAAACUUACAACAAUUAUUUAACUUUUUUUUUCUACUUUUUUUUUUUUUUUUUCUUAAGAGCUAUGAAGCAGGGACAGAGGCAGAGCGAGCUCCUUCAGGCAGGGCUGGGAGCUGAGCUCGCACAAACAGCUCCCCGGUGGACUCGUCCCACGUUCCUGCCCUGCCCCGUCCCUUCGCUCGGCUCCGAGGGGGAAGACGCGGAGCUGCGAGCCCGCCGGCGAUGAGCCACAUCUACGGUAGCCACCUCUCCCCCCUGGCUAGCCCGUCCAUGGUUUACCUGCCGGCCGCGCUCGGCUUCGCCCCCGCGGGGGCGAUGUCCCGGCAGGACCCCCCGCAGAAACCCCCCUACAGCUACAUCGCCCUCAUCGCCAUGGCCAUCAAAGAAGCUCCGGAGCAGAAGGUGACCCUGAGCGGCAUCUACCAGUUCAUCAUGGACCGCUUCCCCUUCUACCACGACAACAAGCAGGGCUGGCAGAACAGCAUCCGCCACAACCUCUCUCUCAACGACUGCUUCGUCAAGGUGCCCCGCGAGAAGGGGCGGCCCGGCAAGGGCAGCUACUGGACCCUGGACCCGCGGUGCCUGGACAUGUUCGAGAACGGCAACUACCGCCGCAGGAAGAGGAAGCCCAAAGCCGCGGCCGCCCCGGACUCCAAGGGCGGGGAGCAGCCGGGUCCGCCCGCUCGCCCCGUGGAGCCCAAGCGGCCCAAGGGCAGCGCGGCCACGGCGCCGGGGGACGCGGGGGUCCCACGGCCGGGCGGGGGGACAGCGGCUUGUCCCGGGGGGCCACCCCCUGCUGCCGCCCCGCCGCACAAGAGCGGCUCCCGGGGCCGCAGCUUCAGCAUCGAGAGCAUCCUGGCUCAGGGGCUGCGGCCGCCGCCCCCCGGGGCAGCCCCCAAGGCGGUCCGAGAGAGCCCCGCCGCUUGCCUCGGCGGCUCCUUGGUGGCCAGCGGCGGCUUCGGGCCGGCCCUCAACGCGUCCCUCAUGCUCGAUUCCCAGGUGCACGGGAGGCUUUACCACAUCGGCAUCCCCUUCCUCUCCUGCUUCCCUCUGCACUUCUCCGAAGCCGUGUUUAAUUUCCAGUAG